GGACGCUGACUAAAAACCAACAAAAAACGUAAAUGGGACGAAUGUGAACCGCUUCCUCUGAAGCAGUAAUUGUCGUCAUUUUCCGUUAAGAAGCAAAGCCUAUGAAGCUCAUUUGACUGAACUUGUUUUUUAAAUGCGCCAGUUUCUUCUGUUUGCUGUCUUUGUUAAUAAUAUCGACUGGUACUUCAAGCCUUUUGGUAGUGGUGAGAGAGGCAGCUUACUCUGAUCUGAAGAUUUUUUGACAGUGUGAGUUGUUUUGCUUGUUCAACGUGUUCAAACAAGGGCAAAUUCGAUCAAGGACUCGACGAGGCCUAACUCUGGCUGUUCGACGGUGGGUGGACCAGUAUAGUCUACUAUUCGCGACAAGCCUAUCAAGGCCAAAGGGUCUCACACCUCAUCUGUUUCACAGAGCGUCCUGUUUUGAGUCACCCUCCCCCCAAAGCGGCGUUCAACAACCCAUCCCACAAUCAUGUCGUACAUGCUGACCCAUCUCCACAACGGCUGGCAGGUGGACCAAGCCAUUACCUACGGCGAGGACAAAGUGGUCAUCAUCCGCUUCGGCCAUGACUGGGACCCCACCUGCAUGAAGAUGGAUGAGAUCCUGUAUAAGAUCGCCGACAAGGUCAAGAAUUUUGCCGUCAUCUACCUGGUGGACAUCACGGAGGUGCCCGACUUCAACAAGAUGUACGAGCUCUACGACCCCUGCACCACCAUGUUCUUCUUCCGCAACAAGCACAUCAUGAUCGAUCUGGGCACAGGCAACAACAACAAGAUCAACUGGGCACUGGAGGACCCACAGGAGAUGAUAGACAUUGUGGAGACGGUGUUCAAAGGGGCGAGGAAAGGACGCGGUCUAGUGGUCUCCCCUAAGGAUUACUCCACUAAAUACAGAUACUAAACUUGCCGUCACACAACAAAGCUACCUUAACGCUCACGUUUCGAGUUGCUGGCAACGUACAACGCGCUAAACCUUCUUUGAACCCUGCGCGUGUGGAGGAUGUUUGUUACGGCACCCUCAGGGCCAGUUCAUACUUCAUGCAAAAGCAAAAAUGAACACGAAUUUAUGACAUCAGAGCAAGUAUUCGCACUGCCAAUUUGCAAGUUGAACACGUUUCAACUUGAGCUAAAUAUCACUGCAGAUCUUUCGUGAUGUCGCUUCUAUUUUACAUUCACAUGAAGUAUGAACCAGCCUUUAUACUGUACAUUUUGCCUGUCAUUUAUUUAAGUUUGAAGCAUUUUUGCCAAUUUGUAUUUAGGACUCUUCCCUCCAAAUUUUCAUUUCCAUUGUUUUCUCAGUAUGGCUGUUUGGCCCCCCCCCAAAAAGAUUAUUUUAAAAAUUACACACAAAUAUAAAUGAACUGGGGUAUCUACUUUUUUUAGUUUGCUCAUUUUUAGAAAAAUGAGAAGUUGGAGACUUUCAACCAGCUCAUACAUCAUGCAGAUACCUGAUAGAACCACACAACUUGCAGGACACAAGAGCUAUGUCCAAAUCUUGACCAAGGUCCGAGUCUUGGCCAGUUGCAAAGUUGUUUACCCCUUUCAGUAGGGAUUGAAUUUUGACCUGUGGACGUUCCAUCACGUCAAAUUGGCCUGGCAUUGACACGAAUUUGCUUGCAGUAUCUGAAGGCUGUUGUCUGUAAUUAUACAGUCUACACGGUCUACCUGUAACUUAAUUACUGCUUUCAAUUUUCUGUGCCCGUGAAAAAACCCCCGACAUCAAGACUGCCGUUUGUCGUGGGGUAAAUGAAACUGACCAUUGUAUCUACCAGAAUGUUAAUUAAUAUCUGAUGUUGGUUGCGGCUCUAAGAAUUGUGAACUCUUCUAUGUCUUUGUCAGAAUUAACUAAGUUUCUGCCACCACUACUAAGUCAUUUUAUGAAAUAUUAAACAGCUGUCUUUCCAGUGCAUCUCAAAGUUCAUGUAUAUUCACUGAGAAACAGUGCAGGGUUUGACACUCCACAACCCCCAACCUUUCCAAAAAAAAAAAAA